UGGUCAAUCACAUCACACCAUAGAGACUCUUGAGAGGAAAGUAAAAAGCUAAAAAAGAAUAGAAACUGCGACGAUGAAGAAGAAGGGAAAAGUGGCGGUUAUUAACACAAUCUGUUUGGUUAUUAUGGCUAUGAUUUGCAGCACAACCGCUGCUACAAAAGAAUCACCACAAUACACAAUCAUUCACACCGACUCCGAUUUCGAAAUCAGACUCUAUCAAACCUCCGUCUGGAUAUCCACUCCCGCCGUCAACAUAAUCUCUUUCGAGAAAGCCACAUGGAACGGUUUCCACAGAUUAUUCCAAUUCACAGAAGGCGCAAAUCUCAAUUUCUCUCGAAUUCCAAUUACUUCUCCAGUAUUAACAACCUUGGUUCCUGGAUCUGGUCCUCUUGAAUCACAAGGCUAUUAUGUUAGUUUGUAUUUGCCGGAAAAGUUUCAAGCGAAUCCACCGGUUCCACUUCCGGAACUUAAUAUUGAGUCAUAUGAAUUUGAUAGUCACUGUGUUGCUGUGAGAAAAUUCUCUGGAGUUGCGAAGGAUGAAAGGAUUGUUAAAGAGGCUGAGAAGCUGGAUAAGAGUUUGAGUAAGUCUGAGUGGAGUGAGUCGAAGAUUGAACAUGGUGGUUACUCGAUUGCUCAGUAUAAAUAUAGUCCUUUUCGGUUUGCUAAAAGGAGAAAUGAGGUUUGGGUUGAUAUUCAUGCUCCUCAAUUAGGGUGUAAUGAUGUUCGUGUUGCAGCAUAUUGAUCUGAUCAUUGAUGUUCUGUUCAUAUGUUUAUAUUUGUACUAUAUCAUUAUGUGAUUAUUAUGUCUUCUGAAACAUGUUUAUGAUGGAUUGGCUUGACUUGUGUGUAUAAUAACAAGAUGUGAUUGCUAAUGUCAAAAUAGAUGAAUGAACUUGCUUGAAACUAACAUUCAA